CAUCGACAGCCGCCGUCGAGAUGACGGAUUACACCCCCAAAGCCGCCCAGGACAAGCAGGUCAACCACGGGGUUUACGUUCAGCCGACCGAGGACGGGAAUUUCGGUCUGGAUAAAGACAUCGCGGACAACGCCAAGAAGAAGUACGACUUCGCUAAAGAACAGGAAGUGCGCACGUGGAUCGAGAAGGUCUUGGGUGUAAAGCUGGAGGACGGUCUGGGAGCCCUUGAGCUCCAGAAGGUGUUGCAGUCGGGCGUCGUCCUAUGCCAGCUCGCCAACAAGAUCAAGACAGGCGUCUGCAAGUUGCCUCGGUCAACAACCCAGCCGGCCGUCCAGAGAGAGAACAUCAGCUUCUACCUGGAGGCCUGCAAGAAGCUGGGGAUGACCGACAACUUUAUCUUCAUGACUGACAACCUGUUCCAAGAUCGUUUGGUCGAGCUGGCAAUGAUGUCCGUGAUUAACAACCUCUGCGAGCUCAAGAACAUUGCCGAGAAGUCCAGCCCGGCCGCGUGAUGUCCUUGCUGUAUGGCAGGUCACAAUUGCACGCCGAGUGGAUACGGCGAGAUUUGACUCCAGCGGCUUGCUUUUGAGGCCCUUGUUUCGGAGAUCCAGUGUCGAUAAAAGAGAAGACUGGGCAGAGAGAAUGAGGGAGAGGUGGGGGGCGGAGACCAUGAGCAGGAGGGUAGACACCGCGCGACCGCGCGAGCGCGCCGCGGGGCAGCGCGCAGCGGGCUCUCCGGCGUCCGGGCUGACUGAACGAAACCCUCGAGGACCCCCCCCCCCCCCCUCCGUGCGGGCUUCUUAUACACAAUCAAAUCCAAAUCAA